AUGGAACAAAAAAAUAAAAAGAUCAUCAUCGUUGGUGCCGGUGUAUUUGGAGUAUCAACAGCUUACCAUUUGGCAAAGUCGGGCUAUAAAGAUAUCACGCUUAUGGACAAGCAGCCAUAUGAAACUAAUUUUUAUGAAUCUGCUGAAAAUACUGCAGACGCUGCUUCAAGCGAUUUAUCGAAAAUUAUUAGAUUUUCUCAUUACAACAAAGACUACCAGGAAUUGGCUAUGGAUGCUAUUGUCGAAUGGGACAAAUGGAAUGAAAGUAUCAGUAAGUCAGAUGAUUUACCUCAGGGCCUCGAUAAUGAUCCUAUUUAUGUCAAGUCAGGAUAUGCUCGUUACUAUACUGAGGAUUUUACACGUAAUGCCGAAGAAGUCGAAAACUCGAAAUCAUUCAAAAGAGUUGGGCUCGAGGAUACACAGUACGACCUGAACAAUGAAAGAGAUCGAUAUAGAGCUAAAUUUUCGGGUCUUAGCCACAGACUUGAUCCGUUGAAGCUAUAUAAGAAGAAGGACAUCAAAGGAGAUGAAAUAAAAGCUCAUCUCGAUAUUACUGCGGGAUUCGCAUAUGCUUCUCGUGCCACGUACUAUUGUUUGUACCUUGCAAAGAAGUUAGGUGUCAAAACUGUUUUUGGUCCUCAAACUGGCUCUUUUAAAGAGUUCAUAAAAGUAGGUAAAAAGGUUAAGGGCUUAGUUACAAUGGACGGUAAACUGCACCCUGCAGAUCUCGUUAUUGUGGCUUGCGGUGCUUGGUCUCCCAAGAUUGUUCCAGAAUUGCAAGGUAUCAACCAAGCUACUUCUGGUAAUAUUCUUAUCAUUAAAAUCCCAGAGGAACGCAAAGAUCUUAUUGAAAAAUACAGUGUUAAAAACUUUCCUGUUGUGGCCUGGGAAUCAUAUGAGAAGAAAGAUGAUGUUGGCGGUGUUUUCUUUUUUCCUCUUAUACAGCCAGGCAAUUAUUUGAAGUUUGGUGCAAGACUCACAAGAUAUACGAAUCCAAAGAAGGUCAAUAAUAAAGUAAUAUCUGUUCCCAUUACCGAAUCUGAGGAUCCUGCUGGUGCCAAGAUCCCUGCUGAUGCCAUUUCUACUGUCUCUAUGUUUAUCAAACGGUAUAUGCCCGACAUAGCUCAUUUACCUUUCCAUAAGGUAAGAAUGUGCUGGUACUCUGAGACCAUUAAUGAUGACUUUUUGAUAGAUUGGGUGCCUGAUAAUGAAGGUCUUUUUGUCUGUGGUGGCUCUUCAGAACAUGGCUUUAAGUUUUUACCAACAAUUGGCCUAUUCGCAGUAGAAAGACUCAACGGUGCAAAUGGUAGAUUUAAUAAAAGGUUUGCAUGGAAGAAAGCAUCUACUAAGGAUAGUAAGUUGUUCGAGUCUAAUUUAAAAAGUUUGAAUAUUAGCGAUAUAGAACUCAAGAGUAAAAUUUAA